AUGCCACUGGAAAUCGUGACCUCCCCUCUGCGGUCCUGGGAGAGCGGCAUCGCCAUACUUAGUGGCAGGUCGGCAACGAGGCGUCUCGCAUGGCCAGAACCAGAGCUGUCUAUCGGCCGCUGCAUCGGCAAGGUCGGCAAGGAGCUAUGUUGGGUGGCCAAAGGCCCGGCGAGAGACGCAUUUGCGGCGCUGGCUCCAAAGAUCAAAGCUUACCUUGAGAGGUCGGUCGAGCCAGUAUCGAGCUGGGUUACAUGGUCGAUGUAUAUGUUUGGUAAGUCGGAGAACAGUGCCAGCCCAGCCAUCCUGUUUUGCUGCGAAGUCGUUGCGCAUCGCAAACAGGUGAGAAAUGCAAUUAAAGACAGCGGCAUUCUCGACGAGUUCCCCGGUGUCAAGACGGCACACAUGUCUCGACCGCCCGACUUCAAUCAGCUCGUUCAGUUGGCAGACGAUGACAAGACGUUGCCAUUUGAUCAUCGGCCUAUCCUUGCAUCCCUUGAGAGCAACCCAUGCGGGAUGUCGUUGUUCGUUGAAUCAAGCACAGAUGACGGAAUUUGUUACAAACAAGCGACCAUCGGUGGCAUUGUCCAGCUGUCGGAUAAAUUCUACUACACCACGGCAGGUCAUGUGCUCAGCUUCGACACGGCCCCGAGCUACACCGAGGACGAAGUCAGUGACGACGAAUUUGAGAUUGACGACGAUGAUGAUGAGUUGAGCGAACUGGACGAUGUGGCAUCGACGGCUUAUGAGAAAACAUGGUUGGCACAAGCCAACGACGCCGCCAUGAGCCCGCCGUACACAAGCUCUACUGAGAGCAAGAUGGUCCAGGCACCAUUCUCGUCGUGCAUACAAGACAUGCAAGCAACACAGGAGGGAUCGCAAUGCAUGAGCCCUCGGGUUUUCGAGAAAGGACCUUCACUGAGCACUUUCUUGCCUCCAGAGCGUCUGGGACACGUCUAUCUGUCCUCCCUCGACGAACCACCGUCUGGUCUUGACUACGCCUUGAUCGAGGUGACCAGGCCUGCUCACUGCGUUGCGAACAAAAUUUCCCUUUCCUCCUUUUCUGCAAAGGGCGAGGCCAAGAUCCAGCGCGUGAUCACAGACGGCCCAAAGGACGUCAAGAUCUUGACCUCAACCUCGAGAGGAACACUUGCAGGAGUCAUGUCAGGCACUCCCCUGUACACUCGACUCCCCAGCAGCAGCAUGUACCAGGAGGUAUACAACGUCCUCUUGGACUCGCGGUUGGAGGCCGGGGACUGUGGCUCCUGGGUCAUUGACGCCGAGUCUGGGAACUUGUACGGGCACAUUGUGGCCGGAUCCCCUGAUUCGGGCGCUGCGAUCGUGAUACCCUUCUCACGUGUAUUCGAAGACAUAGAAGCGCGAGUGAAGCAUCCCCCUCAUCUACCCCUCACUGAAGCUGCAUCACUAUACGAUUUUGAUAAGAAACUAGACCUUGCUACGCAUCUGCAACACACAAAGUCCGUCACGGCAUCCUCUUCUACACCAUCAUCGGAGCACGUCCAAGAGUGGAUCCGCGACUUGGGAAGUCGAUUUGAGAACCAGUGGCGGAUCAAACUGCUCGAUGAGCUGAAACUAUCACGGACUGGCCGUCGCCAGGCUACUAUUGCACAAGCAGCUUCAACCACUGAAGGUGGAUCAACUUCGCUCUAUAGUCCGCCUGGAGAGCAAGAGUCGUGCCUGGAGUACACUGCAACUGACACAGGGAAAGCAUUACUGCUGCCACCUCGAAACCGGAGAGUGGUGUGGACACCACUGUUCCCCCAGUUUCCGAGUGCAAACGACUUGAAGUCCCAAAAGUUCCGUAACCUUCUAAAGUCCCUCUCCUUAACCCCAAAGAAGUACGAGAACCCAGGAUUACUUGACGAGGCUCUGGCCAGCAUCCCGCUAGAGAGACUCUACGGCGAAGCUGAAGAAGAGAGCAUGAUAUUCCAGGCCCAAGCAGAAUCAUAUGGCGAUGGACGGCAGCCUGAGUGGGGAUACAGUGACUGCAUCAUCCGCGCAAUGUUGCAAUGGUUCAAACGCUCGUUUUUCACUUGGGUGAACAAUCCACCAUGCCCAACAUGUUCGUCUCCAACGACUAUGAUGGGGCUCAGUACGCCACACCCGGAAGAGUCAGCCUGCGGGGCUUUGCGUGUCGAGCUCUACAAAUGCUCAAGGGAAGACUGCGGAGCAUACGAGCGAUUUCCCCGAUAUGGAGACGUUUGGAGAUUACUACAGACCAGAAGAGGGCGAGUUGGUGAGUGGGUGAACUGCUUCACGAUGCUUUGCCGGGCCAUGGGCGCCAGAGCGCGGUGGGUAUGGAUCGCUGAAGACCACCUUUGGACCGAGGUAUACUCGGAAUACAGGAAGAGAUGGGUUCACGUUGAUCCAUGCGAGGGUGUUUUUGAUCGUCCAAAACUAUACAGCGAAGGCUGGAAUAGAAAAAUGUCAUAUAUUAUAGCGUUCUCUAUCGAAGGCGCUACGGAUGUCACGCGACGGUAUGUUCGCAAGCUGGAGCAUGCGGCGGACCGAAACCGUUGUCCAGAGGCCGUCCUUCUGUACGUUAUGAAUGAAAUAAAAGGCCUCUGCCGCCAGAAUAUGAGUGAGGAGGAAAAGAUCCGACUGGAAGAGGAGGACAGGUGCGAACAGCGGGAACUCAAUGACUACAUUGUUUCAAGUGUCACAGCCGACUUCAUGGCCACGGGAUGUGCUAAUGUUGAGGGUUCGUCACAAUUGAUCAAGUCGCCGGGAAAGGCGGCGAAGCGCAGUCCGAAGCAGAGGAGUGGAGGAGUAGAAGAGGGAUCUUUGGUUAUCCCUUAG